GCUUCACUCUCAACUCUACCCAUCCCAUGCCCACUGCUGCCGGCGCCGGAGCCCACGUCUGCAUGCAUCGACACACCCUCACUCCCAGGUAGCCUCUCGGGAACAUGGCGGCGAACAGCGAGACCCCAAAUAGGGAGGCGACCCCCUCCGCGCCGGCGCCAGGAGCGGCCGCGUCGCCUUCGGCCCGCGCCGGGACUCCCCCCGCGUCCUCCAUCCCGCAGAAGCGCGCCAUGGUCGAGGACGAUCACGCCCCGGCCGUGCGUUCACCGCUGAACCCGGACGCCGCCCGCACCCAGGCCACCGCGACGCGCGCGCAGUCGCAGACCCGCGACGAGUCGCCCGUGCUGGCCCGCGAGAAGCGCACAAAGAAGGAGUCGCUCAAGAAGCGCGAGGCAAAGGCCAGCGCUGCUGGCGUCUCCUCGGGCGGCGACAGUGCCAGGGCCACGCCGGACCCGAAGCUGAAGGACCAGCAGCCCGACCACCCCAAAGCCUCACCGAUGCGAUACAAGCCCAGCGGCCCGCUCAAGCGCUCCGACUUUGAGCCCAGCCGCGAUCCCGUCCUCAUCAGCCACCACAAGAUCCCCGGGCUGGACGGCGAAGAGAUUGAAUUCUUCGACACCUCUGAGCAGGCACUCAAUAGGAAAAACUACGUCUACAACUACUGCAUCGCCGACCCUCGCUUCCCCUCAUCACGUUACUACCGCCAGACCGAGCCACCGCCGUACACGGCACACCUCUCGCUUGAAGAUGCACCUCAGGGCGUCUUCUUCGACCGCGAGGCCCGGCACAUAACAGGCGAGCAAGGCUUCCGCAUGGCGCGCGCCAACGUCGCCGUGCGCGAGGGCCGCUGGUACUGGGAGUGCAAGGUGGUCCGCGGCGUCCUCCCGCCGCAGCCGGCCGGUGCCGACGACACCAAUGGUGACACCAAGGCGGCUGCCGCCCCGACGUCUCGUGGCCACGUGCGCAUGGGCUGGGCGCGGAGGGAGGCGUCGCGGGAUGCCCCCGUCGGCCUCGAUGCAUACAGCUACGGCCUCCGCGACGUCGGGGGUCAGAAGGUGCACAUGUCGCGGCCGCGCGACUUCUUCCCCGCGGGCGAGGACGUGCGUGAGGGCGACGUCAUAGGUCUCGAGAUCUCGUUGCCGUCCGAGCAGCUGCACCGAAAGGUGGUACUAGGCCACUACAACCCCGUCGUCGAUGUAGACCACCACCUGCCUGGAGGCGACGAGGCCACCGAGGGUGCCAACAUCGUACGCGACCGCGUGCCGUUCCGCGGCAAGACGCACAUGAUCUACUUUGAAAAGUUCGACUACCACCCGACCAAGGAGCUCGAGGACCUGAUGAACCCCUCGCCCAUGGCGGCCGCGGCGGCGCACGGCAGCCACCUGUCGGAGAAGCCGAACCCGAACCACCCCGUCACCUGCCUGCGCACCCUCCCGGGCUCCUACGUCAAGAUAUACAAGAACGGCGUGCCCAUGGGCACCGCCUUUGAGGACCUGCUCAGCUUCCUGCCGCCGGCCUCGACGCCGAACGCGAAGCUCCAGGAGGGCGCGCGCGAGGGCUUCGACGACGGCACCCUGGGCUACUACCCGGCCGUCAGCGUCUUCCGGGGCGGCGCCGCCGAGGUCAACUUUGGCCCGGACUUUUGGUACCCGCCCCCGGGGUUCCGCGCCGAGGCCCCCCCGCCGGACGGCGACGUGGACAUGGUCGACGCGGACGGCACCGGCGCGCAGGAAACCCCCGCCGCCCCGUCGGUGAAGCUACGCCCCAUGGCGGACCGGUUCGACGAGCAGAUCGUCGAGGACGUGCUCUACGAUAUUGUGGACGAGGUCGACUUUUGGAUGCAGGACGGAGGAAAGGUGGUGGACAAGGCCGUCUCGGACGCCGAGGGGCGGGAUCCCAUGCAGGAGGACUAGAACGGGGCCGUUUCUUGCAUGUGGCCGCGUCGGGUGUGAGCGGCGUUUGAGAGGUGAGAAGACGAUAAAAAGAAAAUACCCACGCUGGGCGAUCCCGAGCAUGUCUCUGCUUGUCCUUUGCGCUCAGAUAGCCGCCAUGUAGAUCACAUAUUACAAAUCAAAAGAAACAGCCAUCAACUCCAUGCUGUGCGUAU